AUGACUCACGCAUCCAUUUGCACUGGUGUGCUCACAACUAACGUCGAAUACAGGGUUCGCGAUCGCGGUCCACGGGAGGCCUAUGCCAGAUUUACAAUCUUGUGCGAAGGAAAUUAUAUCAAUGUGACGGCUGCCAAACCUGAGUGCGUUAUGUAUUUGACUGAAAACAACGUUGCCGAAGGGCACGCAAUCGUUGUCUACGGCCCCUUCAAAAUUUCCAAGUAUCGGGGCAAUCGAGGCACGUACCAAACAGCAUUCCGCCUCAACGCUCACAUUCUCCGUCUUGGCUUGCAGUGGCGAACCAUCAUUGGCGAUUCACAGUCCGGCCCCCCUGAACCCGUUACGCGGGAGCAAGUUCUGGAACGACUUAAGGCACAAGAAGCGAUUCCCACAGCUCCGAUAGAGGAGCAAGUUGCUGCCUUGGAGCGGUGCUUCACCGAGGCCGUGAUCGGGUACUUCGGGCGGCGUAACUGGCCCAACGCUGCCAACGUUGUCGUCCAGCUGUUUGGGCGCUUCGGCGACCGGCUCUGGGUCCCAACCAGCAUGAAUACCGAUGAAGUUCAGGAAGUUAUUGGUGGACAGUUGUCCAGGACGGAGGUGACGGGGUUAUGGGAGGAGGUGACCCAACACAUUAUAGCAUUCGUCGAUGCCAGAGGUGCUGACCGUGCCAAUGAUCGUAAUGAAGAAGAGGUGGAACAACAACAACAACAACAACAACAGCAACAGCAACAGCAACAGCAUCAGCAUCAACCACAACAACAACAACAGCAACAACAAAGGCAGCAACACACUGCCAGAGGUGGUCGUCAGCCACAGCGUCAACACCUGCGCUACUCGACCAGUGGCGAUCACGUCACCCUAGGCACCGAGAACAUGGACGAGGAUCCAUAA